AUGUGUCACUCCCAGUGCGCUGCCGAAGGGAUCUUCAAACACAUUCCUCAUGAUGUCAUCAUCAACGUUCUGCCGCUGUUGACCACGCUGUUGCCAGCCGGGGGCCUCCAUGGCGGCUUCAAUUUCACCGUACUUCUUCCCCUGCUGGCAGACCUGGGCAACAUGAACCUUUGCGGUGCAAACGGCUGUGGAUUCGGUUCCACAGAGAGUGAUCGCUGUGCUGGCUCUGUCACUGUAACUCUGCCUUCCCUGGAUAAUCUCGACAAGUGUUUUGACAAUGUGACACUCGGGUGCGUGCAAGGAUCAACGAACAAGAUAGAUGGUUUUCAAUCUGUGAUGCAAGCAAUGAUAUGCACAAUCUACGAGUUGCCGGGAAGCCCCUUGGCGCACUUACACAGAUCGAUUGGCUGCGCUCUGGUCAACGCUUUGAGGGCAGCCGAGAAGAAGAACCCUGAUGUCCAAAUGGUCCUAUUUGCAUUUGAAUCGGCUGUCAGGAACACGCUAGACAUUUAUGACUGCUAUAAUCUUCACUGAAGAUAGCAAAAGAGAAACUAAUAGCGGACCUGGAAGGCUUUGCUACACUUUCGGCAGUGGCAGCAAUAUUCUGACAAAUAAAAAGAAACAACUGUUUUGU